AGCUCUGACGUCCUAUGAGAAAAUUGGAAGGAAACGUGCAAUGAAUCCAUUAUCGACCGGCGAGCUUAGCUCGACAUUUAUAUAAGAACGCUCCUUAGCUCGCUAGAACUGAUUUCGACCAUGUCACCCCUUUGGCUUCUAGCGAUCGUGGGUUGGGUGGUGGGCGGUACGUGGGCGUACGACACCCCGCACUGUGACGGGCGCCAGACCAUCGUUCACCUGUUCGAGUGGAAGUGGACAGAUAUCGCCGCCGAAUGCGAAAGGUUCCUCGGGCCUAAUGAAUUCUGUGCGGUGCAGGUAUCGCCCCCCAUGGAGCACCUGGUGGCCUCAUCCUCCGGCUACCCCUGGUGGCAGAGGUACCAGCCGAUCUCUUACAAGCUGGAGUCACGUUCAGGUAACGAAGGGGAGUUCAUCGACAUGGUCAACAGGUGUAACGCUGUUGGCGUCAGAAUCAUCGUGGACGCCGUGGUUAACCACAUGACGGGCAUCGGGCAGAGUGGCACAGGGUCAGGCGGCUCCUCCUUCAAUGCUGACAACAGGGACUUCCCCGGCGUGCCCUACGGGUACAACGAUUUCACCCCCAGGGAUCAGUGCCCAUCGAGUGACGGGCAGAUCCACGACUACAGCAACGUCAAUGAGGUGAGGAACUGCAUGUUGGUAGGCCUGACGGAUCUUUACGGUGGCUCCGAUUACGUGAGACAGAAGGUGUCCGAGUACUUCAACCACGUCAUCGAUAUCGGCGUGAUGGGCUUUAGAGUGGACGCUUCGAAACAUAUGUGGCCCGGGGAUCUUGAGGCAAUCGAGGGACUGACGAAGGACCUGAACACUGAUAAAGGCUUUCCAGCAGGAGCUCGUCCAUUCUUCUACCACGAAGUGAUUGACCAGGGAGGAGAGCCUAUCACAGUGCAGGAAUACUUUGGCGUUGGUCGAACAACCGAGUUUCGAUUCGGCAAGAAGAUCGCCUGGGGAGUCAACGACUUCUCUCAGCUCGGGAACAUCUACGACCAAGGCUGGGGAAUGGCGCCUUCCGACAAGGCUUUGAAUUUCGUCGACAACCACGACAAUCAGAGAGGUCACGGUGGAGCUGGAGAUAUCCUGACCUACAAAAAUGGUAAAGACUACACCUUGGGCGUCUGCUUCUCACUGGCUCACGAUUACGGCUUCAUGAGGAUCAUGAGCAGCUACUAUUUCGACAACUCUGACCAGGGACCUCCCUCCGGCGGUGGUGGCAGCACCAGUGACGUCAUCAUCAAUGAUGAUGGCACCUGCGGAGGAGGCUGGGUUUGCGAGCAUCGUUGGAAUGCCAUCACGCAAAUGGUACGAUUCAGGAACGCCGUUGCCGGAACAUCCAUCGAGAACUGGUACCAGGAGGGUGACAACGUGGCCUUCUCUCGUGGCAACAAAGGUUUCUUCGCUAUGACCAAAUAUGGCAACUUUGACAAAACUCUCCAGACGGGUAUGCCAGCUGGAACCUACUGCGAGCUGAUCAGUCACUGCGCCAACCAGGUCACAGUUAACGGCGACGGGACGGCGAUGAUUUCCAUCCACAACGAGCAGGAACCCGUUUUCGCCAUCUGCGUCGGGUGCGGGGACGGGCCCUCUCCAACCGUAGACCCAAGUCACACACUACCCUCGGGACCCACCUUGCCUCCUGUCCCAGGUACAGCCAGGACAGUGAUUUUCAUCCACAAGAUAACCAGCCCUGGCCAAGAUCUUUUUAUCAGAGGUGGCAUCGAUUCCCAGCAUCGACCAGGAUGCACGGAGACCGCUGAAACCGACCCGUGUGCCAUCACCCAGGAAACGAAUUCCCUCGGCAGCGAAACCCACUACGAAAAGUACAACUCCUGGAGGGUAGGAGACACGAAGCUCGACUGGUUCGGCGCCCAGCCGGGGCAAGGGACAUACAGCGGCCAGGGAGCCGAAGGAUCGCCCCUGGCAUGGACGACGAACACUCCAGGGGCGGCCGGUUACCAGGAGCUGAACACAUUCGGUGAACAUUACUGGAUGCUCGAUGUUCAGAUGAACUGUGAAGAAACGGAGGGAGGCUGGUUUGAGUUGAAAGGAUACCUCACCAACGGCGCCGGAUGGGAGACUGACAUUUCUCAGGUGGCUAAGUGUGCGCCGGAGACGCGGGUGGCUCGAAGCCCUACACCUCCACCAAUCACAUGGGCCGAUGUGGAUAUAUCAACGUUUUUGAAUUCUCCGGCAACUCCUGUCAGGUUCUGUCGUUUCCCAAUGAGUCGUGAUCGGAUGUGAAUGGAAUCUGAACUCGCGAACAGAAAAAAACCCUGAGAAAAAUGGAUGAGAAAUGAGACUAACGAUAUCAUAAAUAUCAAGAAAAUAAAGGAUAUGAUACGCCUGUCACCGGCCAUA